AUGGUUUUGUCAUGCAUUUCUACUGAGAUUUUCAAACUAUUCUGCUCUCUUUCUAUCCUUCUACCCCUCUACCUCUCUGCUGCUGAGGUGUUUGGAGAACAAUCAAAUCGUAUGAAUUCUUGGAGAUCCGAUCCUGUUCUUAUCAAAGAGCCUUUAUUUGAAUUCAUACACUAUUGGAAUGAAGAAGAGUUGGAUGCUUCACACGUUCGCUUUCAAAUAGAAGAUUUCAAAACAUCAAUACCAAGCAAUCUACCGCCCAAUGAACAGCGACGGUUUGAAAGAAAGCUUGAAAUGAAAUUACAGCGUCAACAAAUUUUAUUUCUGGCCAAUAGUAAAGACAGUUUUAACGAACCAUUAAGACGACAUUCUUCUAUGCCGUGCCUUUCUUCUCUCCGAAAUACUUUUGCAAUCAAACGAGUCUCAUUCAUAUCCAAGGAAGAAAUUGCUUUAUCCAAUGAACGUCGAAGAGCAGCUAGAUGUAGUCAACCUGAUUGGUUAUAUUCCCCCAAACCAAUUUUAGUUCGAAAGCCGCGUUGCGCAUCACUGCCCUUAUGUCACAUGGAUUAUGAUUCAUUCAAUGCAUGGCGAAGAGGAUCACAGAUAAGUGAUGAGCUAUAUCGCACAAAUCUGUCAAAAUCAGCUUCAUCUCUAUCAAAAGAGAAGCUGAAAGAGACUGAGGACAUUUGGUUGAAAACAUAUGGAUUUUUUAAAUCAUUUUUCUUUCAUUGUCGAUCAAAGAAUCGAACAAAACCACAAGAAGUUAUAUAUUCAUAA